AUGUCGGAAACCCGGGAUCUGCCUUCUAAGCACCAUGCGACUACCAGCGCGAGCGUGGAUAUCGACCCUCGCGCGGAGCGAGCGCUGGUUCGGAAUUUGGAUAAGUCCAACUUGGGAAAUGCAAAGACCGCGGGCCUUGAAGACACCCUCCACCUCCACGGCAACCAAUACAACCUCAUUCUCAGUGUCUUCUUCAUCCCAUACGUCCUCACAGCACCGUUCCUCGGACUUCUAGGCAAGAAGUUCGGGCCUAAUCGCGUGCUUCCAUGGAUGAUGCUCAUGUUUGGCGCGUACACUAUUCUGGUUGUUACUACGUUCAACUUCAGUGGUCUUUUUGCCAUUCGGUGGUUCUUGGGCAUGGCAGAAAGUGCUUUCUUCCCUUUGGUCAUUUACUACUUGACAACCUUCUACCGCCGAGGUGAACUGGCCCGCCGACUCGCUAUCUUCUAUGCUGCGCAGAGUAUUGCCUCCGCAUUCUCGGGUCUGUUGGCGUUCGACGUCUUCCGGAUUCACUCUGGUCCAUUAGCGCCAUGGCGAUACCUUUUCCUCAUCGAGGGUGGCGGAACUAUCCUCUUUGCUGGGUUCGCCAUGUGGUUCCUGCCUAUGUCAGCCGCCAAGGCGCAAUUCCUGUCGCCCGAAGAGAAAGAGUUGGCAUGUCUCCGGCUUCAGAUUGACAGUUCCGCUGUGAUUGAUGAGAAGCUGAACAUUCGAGAUGCCUUCCGAAUCUUCAAGCACGGAACUAGCUGGGCGAUCAUCGCCAUUGAGAUUUGCUUAGGAGUGCCUCUCCAGGGCGUCCAGCUGUUUUUGCCAGUCAUCAUCAAUCGUCUUGGAUACAGCACCGUCAAAACCAACUUGUACACCGUGGCGCCUAACGUUUCCGGUGCCGUUGUGUUGCUUAUCUUGGCUUUCUGCAGUGAUUGGACAAGAUGGCGGUUCCCAUUCAUUGCCCUAGGCUUCCUAUUUACGUUCAUUGGCAUGGUCAUCUACGCUGCCAUUGACGUUGAGAAAGAUUUGAGCGUCGCUUAUUUCGCCUGCUUUAUGAUGACCUGGGGCACAUCGGCACCAUCCGUUCUGCUAGACGUCUGGUAUAACAACAACAUUGCCAGUGAAAGUCGUCGUGUCGUUUUAACAAGUAUAGCUGUCCCAAUGGCCAACUUGAUGGGUAUUGUGAGCUCCAAUAUUUUCCGCAGCCAGGAUGCACCAAAGUACAUCCCGGCUUUGGUUACCACUGCUGCCUUUGGCGGCAGUGGAAUCAUCUUGACCUUGUGUCUUGGACUUUGGAUGAUUAUGGAUAAUAAGAAGCGUGAUCGGAUGCAGGGUGUUCAUUUGAGAGCGAAAGAUAUCCCCACCGAGAUUCUACAGGCGGGACCGGCGAGCGAUGAUUUCCGAUGGUUCUACUAA